CAGAAUUAAAGCUAUAAGGGUCAUUGGUCGAAGUACAACUGUUACGGUCGGAGACAAUGCCAGGAUGUUCUGUCAGCUGCUUGAGACAAAUGAGAAACUAACAAGGAUUACGUGGCAAAAAAGGACUCGAGAAACGCUUACAAAUAAGAACUUCUUUGUAAUUACACCAGAGGGCAAAACAGAAAAUAUAAAUGGAUUGGGAGACAGAGCUGAAUUUAUUGGGAACACCCAGGAAAUCAUCGGAUCGAUUCUUUUGAAAAAUGUUCUGUCACUAGAUGAAGGAGUUUACACUUGCAUCUUCAACAUAUUCCCAAGUGGACCAUUCGAAACAGAGAUUCAUCUCAAUGUACAAGUUCCUCCUGUUGUCGGUGUGACCACUGAUGUGAUUCCUGUUGUUGGUGAGUCUGAAGUGACCUUGGCUACCUGCACUGCUGCUAAAGCACAGCCUGCAGCAGAUGUGUCCUGGCAUCUGGGUGCUCUGAGCCACUCUGUAAAAGUACAGACCAAGGUUUCUGCAGACCCUGAAGGAUUCUUCACUGUCAAAAGCUACCUGAUCAGUGUAGCAUCCAAAGAUCUAAACCAGCAGAAGGUUCAGUGUUUGGUGAACCACAUCAGCCUAAAUGAGGAGCUGAUACUGGACCACACUCUAGUCAUCCAUUAUCCUCCUGAGAUUGUGUACAUUAGGUCAGUUAAUGUUUCAGCAACAUGUCAAGUAUUUCAGUGUGUAGCUGAUGCCAAUCCACAACCAACGUUCACCUGGAGCAGGGAAAACAAGCAUCUUUCCAGUCGUGUUGAUGCUGACAGGCUGAUGAUCCUGCUGACCUCUGAUAGUAAUGGCUUGUAUGUCUGUAGUGCAUCAAACCAGUAUGGAAAUGGCACAGGUACUCUUUAUGUGCAAGUUUUCAGAGAAUGCACUACUGUCUGUUGGAUAUUGUUCAUCGGUAUCCUCCUCCUCCUUGGUUUUACUGCAAUUUAUUUCGUAUGGAAAUUUUAUUUAAUUAGUAGAAUAAUCAAAUUUACUUCAAACCUGACAGAAAGGAUGUGGCAUUUUGAGCAAGAUCCUGUGGCCACUGAUUCACCCAGACCUACAAGAAAUGGACGACAAAACGUCCAGGAAAGCAUUACGCUGAAGAAUCAGACCCAUAUUCACCAGGCACAGUAUCACCAACAGAGGAACCAGGACUCACUGUAGUUGUAAGUUGGCCUCAGAGGGACUAGAGGAGUAGGGUCAGCAGAGCCAGGGACCAGAGAAACUACAGCCAAGGACACAGGAGAGCAAAAGUCAGAGUGAGCGAGCGACCGAGAGAGCACGAGGCUGACUAGCCUGUUGACUUUUAAUCACAUUUUAUUUACUUUAACUUUCGUUAUUUAUCUUUAAUUUGUUAUUUAUUUAUUUAUUUUUAACCUACCGGACUGUCUAAAGACAUGGCCCCACUCAGCUCUCCAGCUGGUUGUAGUAGCUGUCUGUGGCUGAGCCAGAAGGUCGCGGAACUCGAGGGAAGAAUCUCGGUGCUCCACCAGAUUAAAGAUGAUGAGGAUCUCCUUGACUCCAUGAUGGCAACAUCUCAGGCGAUCAGCGCUGGAUUAGAUGGCAGUCUACCUCAAGCGGCUGCUUCGGCUGCGGGGGAUAAGGAGCACUGGCCUCGGCUCGGAGCUAAGCCUAAGGCCGUGAAGGUGUACUGCUCCACGCCGAGCCAUGGUCCGUUGCAGGUGGACGCUCGCGGGAUGGUAGGUGCUCUGCCCGCCACCCGACAAUUAGGAAGAUCUGUGUAAACAACAGGUUCUCCGUACUGGAAGAGCUGGAUGACGCCACUCCAUCAACACCCAUCAGAGUGAGCUCUCCAGCCAUCAACUUCACCCCCGCUCCAUCCAAAAAGUCCACCGGGCAGCGGGCCGCACCUGACCUGCAGAACUGUGGUUUAGCUCCGAGAGACAUCCCCACCUCCAGAAGACCAUCCGGCCAAGCUCCCUCCCAGACCCACACCCUGAGCAAUCAGCCUGAACCCCCCCGAGAAACUGCCGAUCAAACACCACUGAUCACCGAGCCGCGACCGCAUCGUUUACCCCCGCCACAGACCCGCAGGUCUCAACAAACCACCCUCAUAGUUGGCGACUCGAUUGUCAGGAACAUUCAGCAUUGCUGUCCACUCAGUCUCUGGUGCAAAGGUCUCUGACAUUACGGUGCAGCUUCCCAGUCUUUUAAGAAAACACCAUUCAGUGGAGAAGAUAAUAAUCCACGUGGGAUGUAACGACAUCAGAAACCAGAGCACAGAACUGUUAAAAAAGGACUUCACGUGCCUGCUGUCCUCCAUACGAGACUGUGGUAAAUCUGUUUUUAUUUCUGGACCAAUUCCUUCACUAGGAAGAGGCUCAGGUCAUUUUAGUAGACUUUUAAACCUUCAUACCUGGCUUCAGAAUACCUGCCUUUCCAAAGGUUUGACUUUUAUAGACAAUUUUAACCUCUUCUGGAAUCGCCCCUCCUUCUAUAGAUCUGAUGGGAUUCAUCCCAAUAGGCUGGGUUCUCAGAUUUUAGGACAUGUUUUACUCUGUUUUUAAUUUGAAAUGACAACUCAAGACCUACAAUGCAAGUUCAAUUAUACCAGUAGUCAAUAGUAGGAGACCUAGGACCAGCAUUUUUACAAGAAAUACCAAGAAUCCUCAUAAUUUUAAUGUUUUUAUUAAUCGUGAUAAUCUUAUCAGCAUUAAGCCAUCUCUAAUUUCCAUAAACCCCCAAGAAAACUGUACUGAUAACCCAAUAAGUAGUCUUGAGAGUUUUAAGUAAAGAAAAGGUUUAGGUAUAAUCCAUCAGAAUAUUAGAAGCCUACUACACAAAGAUAGAAUGGAUCAUCUUAAAAUCCUGGCUGCAGUCUGAUCCUGAUAUAAUAGUUUUAACAGAGACCUGGCUUAGACACUGUACCAAUGAUGAAGAUAUAGCUUUAAAUAAUUUUAUCCUCCAUAGAAAAGACAGAGUUUCAAGCGGAGGGGGAGUUGCUAUUUAUACCAGUGUAAAUUUACAAGCUAAUGUUUUAUGUGCAGUAUCCAAAGAAAAAUGUUAUGAGUUCUUAGCCCUCCAGGUUUCACUCGGAAAAAAUAACUCUCUUGUUUUAAUUGGGAUAUACAGGCCUCCCUCUGCCCCACACUCUGCAGUCGAGGAAUUAGCGGAUCUUUUAUCCAAAUUUAGUGCUUCUGAAUUGCUGGUCCUUGGUGAUUUUAACCUCAACUGGCUUUCUAAUGCAUCCGAUCACUUAAAGGAAAUAUGUGGCAAUCUUACCCUAACACAGUUAAUCAAUGAACCGACUCGCCCAAAUCUGAAAGAACCCACCAGGUCUACGCUGAUAGAUCUAAUACUCUCCAAUAAAGCUGACAAAAUUACUGCCUCAGGAGUUUUUGAACUUGGCAUAAGUGAUCAUUGUCCCAUCGGAUGUAUUAGAAACAGUUGCACAAACAAAACAGGCUCUCUGUUGGUGGUUAGAGGAAAUUUUAAUAAUUUUAAUGAGCAAGCUUUCCUUUCUGACUUAGCAAUGAGUGAAAUUCACCUUACACUAGAAAUCUCAGAUGUUGAUGGGGCACUAAACCACUUCAGUAAAACUUUCCUAACAGUGGUAAACAAACAUGCCCCAUUCAAAAAGUCAAGAAUCAGAGACAGAUCAAGUCCCUGGUUUCCUCAUUGUUUAAGGCCAGAAAUAAAGCCUGGUCAACUGCUAGACGCUCAGGGGAGACCACUGGCUUACCUUUAGACAGCUCAGAAAUAAAUGUACUUCUGCUGUUAGAAAAGCUAAAUCAGAAUAUUACUGUAGCUUAAUCACCAGCACUAAAAACCCUCAAAACUUUUGGAAAAUAGUAAAUUCUCUAAAAAAUAAUUCCCCCCUUUUUCCAACAAGCGUUUUAAUUGAUGAUCAGCUGAUUUCUGCUCAGAAGGAAAUAUGUCAAGCCUUUAACUCACAUUUUGCUGCAGCUGGCCACAUCUUUGAUAAGAAUAGCACAAACCCAUUGAAUAAAACUGAUCUCAGCUCUACUAUCUCUAAAACAUAUGGUCUUUUCUCACUCCAGCCAUUUUCUCCAUAUUUAGUUGCUAAUGCCCUGGCUAAAAUUAAUCCACGAAAAGCCACUGGAGAAGAUGGGCUGGACCCCUUUUUAUUGCGUUUAUAUUUAAACAAUCUUUAUUCAGACAUAGACAAGAAGAAACAUUGUGCAGCUGUUUUUAUUGACUUAACAAAAGCAUUCGACACAGUUGAUCACAUUCUUCUUUUACGGAACUUAGAAAAGAUUGGCUUUGAUGCAACUGCACUGGACUGGACCCAAAACUACCUCACUGACAGAAUGCAUGACAUUGAAUAAUUAUAAAUCAGAGCUGGUAUCUGUAUCUAAAGG